GCAGGUUAGGAUGGUAUCUUAUAAACAUUGAGUCUGUUAAUGACGUAUAUCUCACAAAUCGCUUAGGAAGGGAGCAGGCCAACGUACCGCGAGCUCAACGUACUGCAGAGCUAUACUUCGUUAAAAACAGUCUAAUCUGGGAUGCCUUGGUAUGUUUCGUUGUAUACCGACGAGCUGAAUCAAACAAUAUCAGGGCGUCCCGGAUCUGAACAUUUUGAACGAAGUUAUAGCUCUGCGGUACGUUUGCCUUGCGGUACGUUGGGGUGUAACAGCUUAGGAAUUAUCUCAACGCACUGGUCAAGUUCAAAACAAGCUCAUUAUGACAAGUACCGCGAUCUAUGUCGCUCAAUCACUGCUUGUUACACAAAUAAUUCAACGUUAAAUAUUUCUGUUACUCAAAACAUAAGAAAAUUUAGGGAAUAA